AAAUAUGCGAGAGAAGGUUCAAUCAAAAUAUAAUUAGCUAAGAAUAUUAAGAAGACUGUGAGUGAAUAUCUACUGAGUAAGAGCGUAAUAAUUGCGAGAGAUAAAAAUUAACAUAAGAAUCUUUGGAAGAUAAGUUUUCCUUUCAAGACGUGUAUAAAUGCAAGAGGACAGAUUAAAGAAGGCAAUAAUAACGGGAAAUAACUCUGCGCUUAAAUAAAGCGAAAUACACAAAAGGGAGAAAAAGAGAGAGAGAAGAGAAAGUGUCACCGAGCAGUGCAAUCGUAACAAGAGGGUAUACUAAUCCGCGAUAUAAAAACGGACGGAACGUAUUUCAGUGUCGCCCAAAGGCGAUUCGCUCGCAUACAUACACAGAGGGUCUUGUUAACGGAGCUCGAGGAGAAGCGAAGGAGGAAGAGGAGGCAGGCGUAGCACAAAGGGGUGGCGGCUGCGUCGUCGGGGGUGGAAACGCGCGAGCGUCUUCUCGAACGCCCCGGAAUGCAGGAUCGCGAUGAAUUUUACAGAACUCUCUGCUCGUCGGAGACCCUGCGCUCCAGCAAGAGGGGCUUCUUCCACGAUUUCAGCGAGUCCGUGAUGCGGACCGCGGGCGCGACCUGGACAUCCGAGAUAUUCGGCCGAAUCGACGACGACGCGGGUCGGGUGAAGGCGAUCUUUGCGGAUGCGAAGAUACGGGACGUCGUGGUCGACACGCUCUCGAGGGUGAAGCCCCUUUACAGGGACAAGGACGCCGACAUUUCUAAACGCAGACGACUCGAGGGAUACCAGCUCGCAGCCAUCGGCCAAUACGACAAGGCUCUUUUGCUGUUCAGUCAGGCCGUCCUGCGUGCACCUCAACUAGAUAAGAGCAAGACGGUCGAUCAGGGCAUGUCAUUGCCCCUGGCGCUCUUGGGGAGAGCCGAGAUCUUUAUGGCUCUCAAGGAACACCAUUUCGCGUUGGAUGAUCUGCGACUGGCCGCCGAGUACGACUUGCCGGAUAAAUCGAUGCAGGAGCUUCGGCGAAAGAGGGAGGAAUGCGAAUGUUUCUUGAGAGCCAACGAGAAAUCUCUGAUGCCGAUCGAUACCGCUAAUAACGUUGACAAAGUGGCUCGAUUAAUCUUGAACGAACAAAAAGACGGUGCUGGCACGCCGUUAAACGGCGCCGUUAAUUCCGAGGCCCGCUGGUCGUCCGACGCCGUGGAGAUCCGUGAGACCUCGGUAGCGGGUAAACACGCCGUCGCAGCCACGGAGAUACAUCCGGGCGAUACUCUGAUAGUCGAGCCACCGCUGGCGGGCUGCCUCCUACCCGAGUUCUACGGCACCCAUUGUCAGCAUUGUUACGCGAGACUGAAAGCGCCGAUCGGAUGCCCGAAUUGCAGUUGCGUCGCUUUCUGCGGGAGAAAAUGCAGGGACAUCGCGAUGGCGACGUAUCACAAGUACGAGUGCAAAAUACUCGCAUUGUUGAUAGGCUCCGGCAUGAGCGUACUCAGCACGGUCGCCUUUCGGAUGGUGACGCAGGAGGGCCCGCGGAAGUGUUUGAAGAUCUACGAGGAGUUAAAGAAGAGCGGCGGCGAAAAGGUCGCGACGUCUUUGACGACGUCUACGACGACGACGAUACCGGAUAUGCGUGAUGCGAAAUCGUCGACAACUAGCCGGUCGGCCAGGAGAAGGAUCAGACGGAGGAAGCUGAAGGAAUCGAGACGAGGCGAAAUUGAGAUGAGGAGGGGAGGGGGACAGGACACAAAGGAGUCCCGCGAGAGCGGGAACGACGACGACGACGACCACGACAAUGUCGACAUGGCACCGUACAAUCUGGUGACGCACGCGAACAAGCGGACGGGGAGAGACUUCCUAGAGAGAUCGCUGAUGGCGGUCUUCCUGCUCAGAUGCCUGCAGAGAGUCGGCUUCUUCGCGCAUCCCACGCCGGACGACGGAAUCUUAAAGGAAUUUUUGACAGCAUUUGAGACAUCCUGCGCAAGAGUUAUAAUGAAAAUUUUUGACAUGAGAAAAUAUUCUUUCGAGCGUUUUUCCUUCCCCAGAUGUCCUACGGAAGGAUGCAGCGGACUGCAUUCGCGAGCGCAGCAACGGCCGGGUAAGCUGAUAAAAUGUCCGGGUUGUCAGAAGAAGAUCUGCUUGGAGGAUCGGCUCGCGUGCCUGCAAGAGUGCGAGACGCUCUAUACCCGCGGAUUGGCUAGUAUGGAGGAUGAAAGGGUCGACGAGGCGAUCCGGACGCUGUGCGACGCCUUGAAGAGAUUUCACCGAGUCGCCUGUCCACCGCAUCGGGACACCCACCUGGCCGAAAUUGCCUUAAGCUCUUGUCUGAUCGAUUACGGGAAUACUUGGAGACCGGUCGUGCUUUGAACGCGCAUGGAAGGAGAAGAAGAAAGCUGGCUGUGUAGGAAUCUCGACGAAUCCACGCCGAGUGAACAUGUCCUUUGAAUAAAAGACGAGGGUGUUUGUGACCCUUUAAUGUAGACACCCUGUGGUCGGGCCAAUUUAUUCGAUGCAUAUAUUGUGAUAUUUUAAGACAUAUAUAUACUCUCGGCCAAUAUUCUAAAUCAUUUUUAAUUCGAAAAUUUAUAAAAUUUAAGGAAUAAAAUUAAUUUUUCUUCUAAUAAUUAAUUAAAAA